CUAAACCCGUUAAAUUUACUGAUUUGAUAUGCGAAGUUUUUUUAGUGAGAGUACUAAAAUACUAUGUAUCUUAUGGGUGUUUCUAAUUUAUUUAUAAUCCUAAUUAAUUAAAAAUCAAUAAAAUGUGUGACCAUUCGAUACUGCAUAUGCCGUUAGAUGUUUUGAUAAACAUAUUGACCUUAUUAAAAACAUCAGACCUCCGGAAUCUGAUGCUAACAUGCAAAACUAUGAAAAAUUUAAUCAUAAAUGAGGGUACAUUAUGGAGAUUGAUAUCUCGCAAGAGACUUGUUUUAAUGAACAGUAAAAGUGAGCUGAAUACUUCAUGGUAUAAAAGAUGUAAAAUAUCACAUAACUGGUGCAAAGGAAUAUACACAAAUAAGGUUGUUAUCCAACACAGAACUAGCUACAUGCCUUGGCUGCAGUUUUGUGAUUCUGAGAGAUUGUACCUAUCAGUAGGUUCAGAUCUAAAGUGUUAUGUAAUAGAUAAGAAAGGCGUAGCUCAUGCUAAGACUAUAUGGUCACUAGCAGUUCCAAUCAUUAAGAGAAUGGAUAUUCGUACCAAUGAUAUUUCAAGAUUCAUAGUUAAAGGCAAUUUAAUUGUAUGCGGUAAUAGAGAUGGAUGUACAGCAAUAUACCAAUUUGAUGAUAAUAGAAAAUUGCCCAAUUUAUUAUAUUUUAUCAAAGAUUGCCAUAAAGGAGGAGAGGUAGAAGUAUCUGCUGUUGAAAAAAUUGAUAAUAAUGUGGUUACAGUUUCAAAUAGUAGUCCAAAUGUAAAAUUCUGGCAAUGGACAUGUGAUAAAAAUGAUCUCACAGUGAAAUCAUACAAAAUGGAUGAUUCUCAAGUAUAUUGCAAACAAGAAAUUCAAUUACAAAAUGAAAUUGGCUGUAGAUGCGUGACUGCCAACAAAGGAGAGGACAAACUGGCUAUCGGUCUCAAUGGAAAUAGUAAGCCUCUUUUACUUGAUGUCAAUACCAACAAUCUCUUAAUAUGGAGUGCGUCUACGAGAAAUGUUAAAGAAGUAGUGCGUGAUAUACAAUGGCAUGAUGAGAAUUGUAUAGCCUUUGUUACGCAUUCAGGAAAUCUGCAGAUUAUUGACAUGAGAACUUCGAAUGUGGUUUUUAAAACAACAGAUCCGUUCCAAUCAUCUCUAUAUUGUUUAAAAACUGAUUCCAAUCACGCAAUGUUAGUUGGCUCGUCAGAAUAUUCGCGGUGUGUUCUUUUUGACACACGCACCACGCGUCACGUACAAAUGUUUUUCACUCAGAAAAAGUCGUCUCCGGUGUACAGUCUAGAUUUCGAUUCAUCAAAACUACUAGCCGCAGCAGAUCGUGGAGUGGCCGCCUUAAAUUUCAAUGUAUGUGCGUCCAUAAUACAAGCACGGGAUUACUCUCAUACUUUUGAAUAUGUAAUAAGAUAGAUUGUGUAAAUAAAUAUUUUUAUAGUAAAA